UUACCCAGGCAUUUUGUGUUGAUACCAAACAAAUCAAUCUAUGUGCUGCAAGGGCAGAGUGGAGAAGUCACAUGUGAAGCUGAAGGCCCUUCAGUUUCUACGCUAAAGUGGGAAAAGCAACAGGAUGAUAAAUCAUAUGCAGCCGUCCCCAAGAGCCAAGUUAAGGUCACUAAAGAUACAAAGUAUGUGAGAGCAACCCUGAAGAUUACAAAUGCGCAGUUCGCGGACACUGGUACAUACAAAUGCACAGUAUCAGUUCCACCAAAUCUAUCAGAUUAUAAGAAUACAAACUUUACUGUCAAGGGUAUGUUUGCAUUAUUAUUUGUUUACAUUUUACCCGCAGUAUACGAUUUUUAAUUUUUAAUAUACUAUAUAUUUAGCAGAAAUUUUAAAAUUUACCUUCAGAAUUUUACUUUUGAGCCAUUUGAGUGAAAAAAGGACCCAAAGGCGAGUUAUUUUUUAUUCACUUUAUUUUACUUUAUUACUGAUUUAUUAACUCUCUGUCUCCGCAGAUGCGUGUUUGUGUUGUAGGGAGAGGCUAGGGAGAAAGAAAAAGAAAGCGCGCGGGGUACGAUGGGAAGGCGAAAUAGAGAGGCCUUUCCCUCUUCCCAUCAUCCGCCGCACGCUUUCUAUUUUUCUAGUAUUGCUUAGUAUUUUCAUUGGGAUACCCAGAGGGAGCCUCUGCGGAGGAGAGAGAGAUUCAUUACUUUUUUGGUGUCCGACGAACCCGAAAAAAGAGCAGCUAACAAAGGAGAAGGAAAGGGGCAACCGAGAGAUCGAGGAGAAAAAGAAAUAGAGAUUUCAAAAAAUGAUGGUUGCGCUCUAAGCUUUUAUAUUAGAUCAGGAGCUAGCCUGUUACAUAGCUCUAAGAUAGAGAGGAAAGCGGAUCGAGAAAAAGUUGCGCGAAAAACGCGUUGGGGCAGGGGAGAUACAAAGUAGUGGAGCCUGUAAACGGCUUUUCAAGAAAGUGGCGGGAUAGUAGACAGAUUCAGGUAUUUGGCUCUCCCCUUCUCUUUUCUCGCCUUUUUUCGCUUAUUCGCUAUUUCAAUGUUUGCUCGCUACUUUCGCUCGUCCGCACUAACCGAGAGCCCGUAUAGGCCAUCUCAAGGAGAAUCCAAUAGGGGUUUUCAAUGUGCGAAAAGAAAAAAUGGAUUUGCACAAAUUUGCUCUAAGCAAAUAUGAAGCACAAAUAAAAAAUAAAGAGGAUUAAAUCUGGAGCAAACAUGGUAAAUGCCACUUUUGCCUACUUAUUUUCACCCCGUGCGAAUUGGUAUAGAAGUGUAGCAUUUACUAUAUUGAAUGUAUGUUAUGUUCUUAUAAUCUGUGAUUCUGUUUACAGCUCCUACACCACCAAGGAUCACUGCACCCCACGAUGCAAAAACCAUAGUUGUGCAGGAAGGAUCGACAAAGGUCCUCAAAUGUGUAACAAGGGGAGCUCCUAAACCUAACGUUACCUGGUACAAAAACGGCAAGCAACUACACACCAAUGAUCGAAGUUGCAAGGCCAUUCAGGCAUAUAAGGUUUAUGAUGAAAACGAAGAUAAUUCACUGUAUACGGUUCAAGUUCUUAGAAUAAGACGUGUUUUAUAUCCAAGAGACCAAGGAGAGUUUAAGUGUGUCGCAUCGAAUGACGUUUCAGAUGUUCAAACAGUUUUUAAUGUUCAAAUUCAAGGUGAGUUUCAGCUUGGGUUUUUCAAAUUAAACAUUCGUGAUUUGUCUACAAGAAAGACGAAACUUCAGCUUAAGUACAGUAGAAACCCAUGACUAAGAACCUGGUUUUUAAGAACCCGUCAGGCUAAAAUUUACCAGUUAAGCCCCUCUAUACAAGAAGCUGUUUAGCCUAAAAUUUGGAGCAGGUUCUUAUCUUCUAAAAUGUUUAAUGGUGCCUUAUUACUCCAACUGUAAUUGUAAUGGUAUACAGGUUUUACCUAGGGAAUGAGCUGAAUCCCACUAAAUACUCUAAGCUACUAGGUAUUUUUCUCUUCAGAAAAUAAGAACCUAUUCAAGAACCUAUUAAAUAGCCUAAAUUUGUGCUAAUUACCAUUUAUGUAAGAACCUGUCAAUGCUAACUUGGGAAAAUGCUGGUUGUUAGUCGCGGGUUUUUACUGUAUCUAAAAACUAAGGCGAAGCUACGGGAUUUAUUGGACAGGUGCAGUUUUUUAGUGCUUGUUUUUCCCUAGCUUUGAUUAUUGGAACCAAAUUUCAUUGAGAAAACUGUUCUUGUCCAGGUUCUGUUGGGCAGAGUCACUCUUGUUAUCACCAGUAGUAGCACAUGACUAGGAGCCUCCAUCUCCUUUAAUUUCAGGAGUCGAACCCUUUUCCGAGUAUAUUUAUAUUAAGUACAACGGCUUGUUUCCCGCGAAAAGUGUCAUAUCAUUCCGCGAGUCUACUCAUGGGCUUCCGUUAUCAUAAGUCUUUGUCAAUUAAAUUGUUUAUCUGACAUCCCUGACCUCAGAAUAGUUUUAAGUCAUCUACUUGCUUUCGCCCCUUUAGAAACCAGAAGGAAACUGAAAUGAGUUUACUUCAUUCUCAAAGACCCCUGGAACUGUUCCUAGGGAUAGAGAAAACAACAGCCUAAGGCCAUUUCCGAGUUCCAAAAACUCUCACUUUCAAAACGAGGCUACGUGCAAAACCUUGGUUGUGAAAAUGAGUUUUAUUUGUAUGAAAAUGAAAAAAAAAAACAUUUUCAUAUCAAUGAUUUCCCACUUAGCCUCGCUUUGAAACAUAGGCUUAAUUUAAGGCAAUUUGCCCGGCGCGUCCCCAGAAACUAUCCCAAAAACAAGUGCUGGAUGCAUUUCGGCUUCAGCCCCCUUCUCGUCAGUCUAAAGUGACGAACUGACAAAAUGUCUUUUUGUUUGAUACUCAGUUGAUUUAGUAAAACGCCUGAAAUUAAGACCAGCAGAAAAUAUUAGUGUAUUGCAAGGUCAAGAGGCAAGGAUCAAAUGUGACCUAGAUGGUUCUUUAACGGCUGAGUUAGAAUGGAAGAAGAAAACCAUUUCAGGAGAUGUACCUGUUCCCGAGAGAAUGGUUACUGUUGUUAAAGACAGCUCCAACAAUCGAGCAAGAGCCAUACUCAAGAUUAAAUUCGCUCAAAUGGAAGACAGUGGCGUUUACAAGUGCGUAUCAACGGCUUCUGGCAAGACCCAUUUUAAGCUGGCCUAUGUAACAGUGAGAGGUAUUCUUCUUUUUGCUUGGUUGUCCUUGUGGUACAUUUAUUUACUAGCCUGCGCGUGUAUGAUUUGAUUGGGAAAAAAAAUCUGAGGUCUUUUUUACGGUUAUCAUAGUGGUCGAAUGAAUUUCUAUAGAGCAGCUACUCUGGUGGGGCAAAGCCCUUAACUGAUUCAUUUACUAACAAAUUUGUCAUAUGAGUAUCUGGUAACUGACCGCUAAAAGGAGAGUGGCCGCAUUUUAAAAGAGGAGCCUACCAGUUUAAAAGUUGCUUUUUGUGCAAUACUUAACCUUGGCGUGUUAUCGAGUUGUUUCCUGAGAAAAAAAAAGUUUAAGAAAGUUUCUAAAGUUGAAUAGGUGGGCACUGUAUUUAAGUUCGAGAAAGAGAAAAAAAUAUGCCGUCGAGUUUCCAAGUCCUAGCUAAGUCCUCUACAAAACAUGGCAUUAAGAGGAAAAUUUCAUGUCAAAGACCUUGCGCUCUCAGUAUAUGGAUUUUACUAAACGGGGUACGGGAGUACGGGAAAAUUUGAAAUGGGAACCAAACAGAGAAUGCGUAAUGAAGUUCCUCAGAUAGGGCUAGAGUUUAAGUUUAAUUUUAUUCUCAAUUAUAUUUUCCCAUUCCUCGUUUCCCCGUUCCUCGUUUUAGUAACACCCUUGGCUCUGUGGCGGCAAAGAAAUAUUUCAUACAAUGCAGUGCGCGUACAGAGUUGUUAUUGUGUGCUGAAUAAGCCUGUCACCCUCUAGAAGCGCACGUUUCAUUGCCGAUCAAAGUCAUCGUCGUUGUCGUCCCUAGCCUAACGUCCUAAGGGCCUGAGCCCAUUAAACUAGAGCGAGCACUCCCGUUUUCAUGAAUCAAUAGGCCACUUCCGAGUUCCCCCGGGCCUCUGUAUCAAAACAAGGUUAAGUGCUCAACCUGUGAUAUGGAAAUGAUUUUUCAUCCUCAUGCAAAUAAAACUCAUUUCCACAAAAAAGGUUGUACACUUGGCCUCAUUUUGAAAGUGAGGGUUUUUGGAAUUCGGAUGUGGCCUAUUGAUUUUGGUCACAUUUAAAGAAAAAGAAACGUUCGCUCGGUAUAUGUGCGCAUCCGAAUGAUUUAAGUGAAAUAAAAGGAAAGAAGUUUGUCAUGGAAACUAAAAACUGCCAUUUUAAGGUCUGCGCCUUCUGCUGUCGACUCAGUCUACUUUGUGGAUUGUGAUGGCCUAGAUUCGCGUCAAAAAAACUGGUGUGUGAAAACAUCGUAACACAAAUAAAAUAAUGGAAAAAGUUCGCUUGGAGUUGUGAGUUUCACGAUCCAGUUCUAGCUAGCUGUAUGAAUCACGCUACUAACACCAGGAUAAUAACCGGCCGCGUGGGUCUAUCAUUGCCUGUGCCCCUGGCGAGUGUGCAUUAAGUACCCUGGGCUACUGACAAAAACGUUAAGGUUGUAUUCUGUAUGCUAUAAGAAUUUGCUCCCCCCCCCUCCCUCCUAAUUCCUUUGUACUUAUCGAAUACCGUAAAAUUCCGAAAAUAAGCUCCUCCAUGUAUAAGCCCCUCCAAAUAUAAGGCCCCCAAACCGGUAACGCAAAAAACCCUCCGUUAAAUAGCCCCUUCAAAUAUAAGCCCCCCGGGGGCUUGUACGUGGAAAAUUGCCCUCAAAUACAAAAUAAAACAAAGCAAAAACGGUAAAUUCACUUCCAACUAUAAGGUUAGCCCAAUCGAUUUUGAAACGCAAAUUUCCCUCCGUAGAUAAACCCCUCCGAAAAUAAGCCCCUCCAAAAAUAAGCCCCUCAAAAAGGGCCUUUGAAAAAUAUAAGCUCCGGGGCUUAUUUUCUCAAUUUUACGGUAUGUCCUGUGCAUAUCAGAUGUAUUACUUGCUUAAACGCAAGUUAAAAAUUUAAACUGCCAGAACGAAACGGGAGGUUGAUUAAUAUCUAUUGUAUCUUACUUUCUUUCUAAACAGAAUCACUUGUAUUCCUCAAUAAACCGCCGCGAGUAAUUCGAGGACGCAUUGGCCACAGCGUGGUGAUUAACUGUUCUACAAAUGACGUUGAUGCUAAAGUGUCUCUUCUGCGUAAACCCCAUCCAUUUGCACCAAGCACAGAGCUUAAACCCAAAACCAAUAAACUUACUAAGGAGCGACAAGUGUUUACGAUUCAAAACAUUGACAUCGGGGAUGCCGGAAUAUACUCUUGUGGAGCGACCAGUGGAAAAAAUCAAACCAUCAAAUGGCCUCGUUUAAGAGGAUAUUUUGUUUUUCUUCAAUAGCUUAACUGACACAUUUUUAACUUUCAAACUUAGAGUUGGUUUCUUGCUGUUGUUUGUUACAUAAAUUAUUAGAUCACACCUUU